UCCAGGCCGGCCGGCUGGGCAGUCCCGGCCGCGCCUCCGCUCCGGACGCAGGGCAGCUUCCAGACAAUGGACUUCCAAGUGACAGGCCUGGGCCUGGACAAAAUGAAGCUGGACAGUCCCCAGGCCGUCCUGGACCAGGAGGAGGCGGAGGAGGCCGAGGGCCGGCAGCUGCUGGAGCCGCAGGCCUGGAGGACGUACACGGAGCGGCGUGCCGCCCUGCGUGAGUUCCUCACCUCCGACCUGAGCCCCCACCUGCUCAAACGCCACCACGCCCGUGUGGAGCUGCUCCGCAAGUGCUCCUACCACAUCGAGGUGCUCCCCAAGCACCUGGCCCUGGGCGACCAGAGCCCGCUGGUGCUGCCCAGCACCAUGUUCCAGCUCAUCGACCCCUGGAAGUUCCAGCGCAUGAAGAAAGUGGGCACAGCCCAGACCAAGAUCCAGCUCCUGCUGCUGGGGGGCCUGCUGGAGCAGCUGGACCGCGGCCGGGCCGAGCUGGAUGCCCUGCUCGAGUCCCCGGACCCGCGGCCCUUCCUGGCUGGCUGGGUGCGGGUGGAGCGGCAGCUGGGGGACCUGGCGGCCGUCAUGGACAGCUUCCUGGCCACGAUGGUGCCCGGGCGCCUGCAUGUCAAGCACCGCCUGGUGUCUGACAUCGGCGCCGCCAAGAUCCCACACAUCCGCCUCAUGCUGAGCACCAAGAUGCCCGUCAUGUUUGACCGCAAGGAGUCGGUGGCCCACCGUGACUGGGUCAGCCUGCGCUGGUUCGUUGCUGUCCAGCCGGCUGUGCCCGAGCAGUUCGAGCUGCGCUUCAAGCUGCUGGAGCCGCGCACGCAGCAGGAGUGCGCCCAGUGCGGGGCUGUGCCCGUGGCCGCCUGCAGCUUCGACCUGCACAACCUGCUGCCCGACCGCGCCUACCGCUUCUCCGUCAGGAGGGCCGAGAGCCACACGCUGGUGUACGAGCCCUGGCGGGACAGCCUCACGCUGCGGACCAAGCCGGGGGCACCCCCCGGGACCCGCCCCUGACCGGCUCCUGACAGAUGCUUUUCUGAUAUUUAUCCACUAAUAAAGAGGAGUAUAAACGAGCGAGAAGACACAGCCCUGCUUCCCUUUGCCAGGC